AUGUUUGUUGUUUUCAGUAACCUUUUAUGCCUCCGUGUAUUUUCGAUAAUUCUUGUUGAUGCCACCAGAGAGAUAAAGAUCAGUUCUCAAUCUACGCUUCGAUUUGUUAAUUUUGUGGAGUACCCUUCCCAUUAUCUUGAUACAACGAAACGAAUUCAGGCAUCCAAUGUUGGGAAAGACUUGGACUGUUCCAUGAAGUGCUUUAAUACACCGUCCUGUACUUCCUUAAAUAUGGCUUCUGCAGAAGACGAGGACAACACACUUUGGUGCGAGCUGCUAUUUGAUGACAUCUUUAACAACUCCCAAAAUUUGAAACAAAACUCGACCUCUCGUCAUGUGACAAAAUGGUCUCCUUGUAUAAAUGCACCAUGUCAGAACGGAGGCUCUUGUGUUCCGAACUACAAUGACGACUCAUACAGAUGCCUUUGCAGAAUUGGAUUUGAUGGGGAUAAUUGUCAAAUUGAUACUGAUGACUGCUCACCAGAUUCUUGUUACAACGGUGGAACUUGCGUGGAUGGAAUUAAUGCUUACACUUGUGUAUGUGCAAAUGGAUUUCACUCCGGGAACAAUUGUCGUAACGAGCAUAGGUACGAUUAUCUGUGGUCACUGUUCUCCCAAAGUGGUCAUAACGUCUGGGUUGGAGGAAACGACGAGGCAGUGGACGGCUCUUGGGUCUGGGAGGACGGGAUGGCGUGGGGUGGGUUCACAUUGUGGGAUUCUGUUGAACCUAACGGAGGAUCAUCUGAGAAUUGUCUUGAAAUACAAAGAAAAAAUGGCAAAUGGAACGACAUCUCUUGCACUCUAUUACGCUAUUACAUCUGCAAAAAUUGACAUAUCCAUUACCAUCGUAAUUUCGA